CCACUGUCUGGUGAUAUUAGUGCUGCUUCAUAAUGACAGAAUAAUGAAUUAAUAAUAGAAUUACAGUGACAUCAAGUUUUGUCGAAUUAUUUUAUAUUGUGUAAAAUUAAUUUAUUUAUAAAAUAUCAAAAAUUAAUUUAUUUAUAAAAUAUCAAAAAAUGCCGCUUUGUGUUGCAAUCGGCUGUUACAAUAAAAGUUACCGCAAAGCUAAAGGUCAAAAAAAUGUGGAGCAAGAUGUUGAAAUCACAUUCCAUCGAUUUCCAAAAGAUGAAGCAAGAAAAUUAACUCGGAUAAAAAAUAUGGGUCUUCGUGAUGAAUGCUUACCGAAAUCUCCACAUUUAUGCUCAUUGCAUUUUUCAGAAAGUAGCUUUGAUCGUAGCUUCUUAAUGCGACCAAGGUUAAAAGAAAAUGCCAUUCCAAUCCUAAAUAUAUCAGAGAUUGAAAGUACAGAAAAAGAAAUUGAGAUUCCAUCUGUGUCAAAUACAUCAAUUAAAACUUCAUUAACAGUAAACAAUAAUGAUUUGACUACUUCACAAGAUAAAAAUGAAACGGAGUUAAUAGAAACUUUCCAUCAUGUAUUCAAUAAAAUACCAAUGAAAACCUCAUUAAAAGUAUUUGGUUUCAAUGAUGAAUUAACAUUUAAGUCGGAAAUAACAAAGCAACAAACAUCCAAACGUUACAGAGAAGAUGAUAAUUACAGUGACAAUGAAAUUAUGUCAAAAAGAUAUUCUAUCGGUCAGCGAUUAGAGGAUUCACCCAGAAAAAAAUUGUUGCGCAAAGCUUUAUCUUACCAAAAGGAACAUUUUCAACGGCAGAUACGAACAUGGAAGCAGAGAAACAAGCGUCAAGAAAAACAAAUCGCAACAUUGAAUGCAAUAUUAAAAGAUCUGAAACAGAAAAGUUUAUUAGCUGAUGAACAUGCGGAUAUAUUAGAAACAAUUGAUUUGGCUAUCUGGGCAAGGGCAGCUGCACCGGAUGGGGUUCGGAGAAUCGCUCGAACGAUUGCUCGCACGACACGUCAGCUAGAAGACGUCUUUAAAAGACCGACCAAGAGAUGGACCGUUGGAGAAGCGUGUGGUCGACGUGGACAGGGCAUAAACGACGUGCUUGGAUCUUCUAUUACUAUUUCGGACUGUUCACGUAUUGAAGACAUAAUAAUAAGACACAACGACCUUAGACAUUAUACAAAAACUAACAAGAAACACAACAAUAUAUAAAAAUUAAAUUUUAUCAUAUUGGUAAAGAAGCUAUGGAAGAUGUACAAAGUCAAAGACAUUUUUGCAAUAAGUUAACGUUAUUCGAAGGACAAUAAUAUUUUCAUUUUUGGA